CAAUGGGUUUAAAAGGCCUCCAAAGAAAGCCUAUCUUCCUCUCUCUCUCUGUACUGUGGCUCUCAUGAUAAAUACAAGAGGAAGCUGAAGGGGGGAGAAACAGAAUACUGUAGGGAAAGAGGAGCAGAGUCUCACGUAAAGCUCACUAAAACCUUAUAGGAUAGGAACAGAGAGGUCCUGAGUUCCAAAUAUUUGAGCUAUCCUUUGGUUGGUUUCAUGGAAACCCAAGCACAGACUCUGCCGCCAAGCCAAUUGAUGCCCAAAAGGUCCUCCUCUAGGUUCAGAAGGGUGUGUGUCUUCUGUGGCAGUAGCCCUGGAAACAAGCCCAGCUACCAGCUUGCUGCCAUCCAGCUCGGCCAUGAACUGGUGGAGAGGAACAUAGACUUGGUUUAUGGUGGGGGAAGUGUUGGUCUCAUGGGCCUUGUCUCCCAAGCGGUCUAUGAUGGAGGCCGCCAUGUUUUGGGGGUCAUUCCCAAAACUCUCAUGCCCCGAGAGAUAACAGGAGAGACUGUAGGAGAGGUGAGAGCAGUCUCAGGCAUGCACCAAAGGAAGGCCGAGAUGGCUCGCCAUGCGGACGCCUUCAUCGCUUUGCCCGGUGGUUAUGGGACCCUGGAAGAACUCCUUGAAGUGAUAACCUGGGCUCAGCUGGGAAUCCAUGACAAGCCGGUAGGUCUGUUGAACGUUGAUGGCUACUACAACUCUCUGCUGUCAUUCAUCGACAAGGCUGUAGAUGAAGGAUUUGUUACACCUGCUGCCCGCCAUAUCAUCAUCUCUGCCCAAACUGCCCAUGAGUUAUUAUACAAGCUUGAGGAAUACAUGCCGAUGCACGACGGCGUUGCACCGAAGCUCAGUUGGGAGAUGGAGCAGUUAGGCCACUCGCCCAAGUCGGAAAUCGCCCGUUGACUAAACCGCGCACAUAUAUUGACAAAUACUCAAGCUUGGUCCUUGUAUUUUUUUUUUUCCUUUUUUUUUUAAAAAAAUCUUCCUCUAAUCUGAAUGUCCGCAAGGCAUAAAGUUGUUACAUAUUUCGUCGUCUAUUCCUUUUCUUUUCAUCCGUGAUGUUGAAGUAGGUCUCGUCUUCGCCUUCAUUUUUGGGGGUCAACUUUUUUUUUAUUAUUUUAUGAUUACAAUGUUACCAAAA